AUGCUUAGUCAUUUAAGGUUUGCUGGCGAUAUUGUCCUUUUUGCUGACAGAAUCGAUGAUGCAGUAUCGCAACUGGAAAAACUAUACCUAGCCUCCCUACAAGUUGGAUUAAAAAUCAACCACACAAAAACACAAAUCAUGACAAAUCUUGUGUUAAGCAAAAAGAUUUUAGUAAAUGGCAUGCAUAUUGAUGAAACCACCUCUUAUAAGUACUUAGGACAUGAGAUACGCAUAGGAAGACAUAAUCAAACGUUCGAACUAAGCCGCGGCAUAGGACUCACUUGGAUGGCAUUCAGCAAGCUGAGCUAUGUUUUUAAAUCAGAACUGCUUAUGUGUCUUAACAGAAAAGUUUUUAUUCAGUGCGUGUUGCCAGUACUUACAUAUGGUGCAGAGACACUAACACUAACCAAAAAAGUAAGAAAUAAAAUUUGUGUUACACAAAGAGCCAAGGAACGAUCGAUUGACAGAUGCCAU